UAACUUUGUUGUGCUGUAUUUACGCGAUACGUAAAUGUAACAAAAAAACAGGUGUAUUCUGGUCAAGUGUGUAUCUCAGCAGCGAUCAGACUCGUGUUGAGGUGCUGCGCCCGUUGUGUUGGGCCCCCCUUCCCGGCCCCCCCUCCUCCGCCGCUAUGAGCGCGAGGACGCCAUGCGCGUCGGCGUCGGCGGCGUCGGCGGCAGCGGCAGCGGCGGCGGCAGCAGUACUUCCGGUGCUACCCUUUGUACUACCGUGAGUGCACCCUUGCAGCACGCAUACACUCAUGCUGCACUACCUCCGUCAGCCAGAUUUCUAUCGCUGCAUUUGCUGCAUCAGCAGACGCUCUACUUUAUUGUGCAAACCAAGUCGCGCGUGCGCGAACUAUAUCAACAAGCAUGCAAGCAUUUUGCUCUUCAGGGCAUGCUGGAUACCGAUCUCUUUGGAUUAGCUAUCAUUUGCGACGGUGAGUACCUGUUCGCCGAUCCGGAUAGCAAGCUGUCAAAAUACGCACCAAAGAACUGGCGCAGCUCGCACAGCCAUGGACUGGAUGCGAAUGGCCGACCGGCACUGGCCUUCUACUUCCGGGUGCAGUUCUACGUGGACAGCCCUCUGCUGCUGCGGGACGAGACCACCAGGAACCACUACUACCUGCAGCUGCGGCUCAACGCGGCCACUGGGGUCGCUGGAGAUAGGACAGCGCACCUGGCGGGAUUGGCUCUACAGACUGACCUUGGCGACCACUCCGAGAAUACCAGCUACAGACCAGAGGACUACGUUCCUCCAAACAUGCGUGGACCGGCGGCUCUCAGGGUCAUCGAGGCUGCGCACAGGACACACAGGGGCCUUUCGAAGAACGAAGCGAGGACUAGAUUCAUAGCAGAAGCAUGUCAGUUGCAGGAACCUGUCAAUGCUCACGUUUUUAGGUUAAGAGCUUCAAAAACUGAAUCUGCUCCUGGCUCCUUGGUAUUGGCAGUUUGUCCUCGAGGCAUCAAAGUGUGCCCUGAAAACAAUCCGCCAUCCAUAUUUCUGUGGAGCAGCAUUGGAAAGCUGAGCUUUGAAAGAAAGAAGUUCGAAAUUCGGACCAGUCAUGAAAAACUCACAUUGUAUACAAGCAGUGACGAGAAAAGCAGACUCAUGCUUGCAUUGUGCAAAGCUGCUCACCAAUUUAGCAUGGCUGUCGCUCCAAGGCUGAAUGAAGUGAAGAAGGAAGAAGAGGAGAGGAGAAGAUGGGACUGCGAUCAAAGGGUGUCAGUUAUCAGCUCAACUUCGUCGAAUACAACAUCCGGAAUUGUUAGUGAUCGGGUACAUUCCGAAGACGAACUAGAGAUAAUGAUAACAUCGCCACCGGCGCCGUCGACGGAGAGCCUGGCGCUGGCGCAUCUGCUGGACAGCGCGCCAGCGAGCAGUCGCACCUCAGCAGCAUCCGCGGCCGCAGCCUUAGCGAGCCUCACCCUUAGGGAGGAGGAGGAAGAGGAAGAAGGAGUGGUUCGACGAACCCAGAGUGAAAGCAGUUCCGCUAAGACUGCCAAUAGCGGAGGUACGUCUACAGGGAAGGGUGGCACAAGCGCUGUUGCUGUUGGAGCCGCUGCUGCGGGAUCUCAAUGCAGUUCUUCUUGCAGCACAGUUGUUGUGACGCCUAUACAGACCAAAGCGAAAGGCCGUCGCCCAUCUACGACGAGCAGUCUAGAACUAGGCUACUCGCACACCGCCCAGAACUCUUCAGUGAGCGACGCCACCUGCAUCGAGCUCGACGCCAACGUGUACGCCUCGGGCCCGGCGCUCAGCAGCCACACCAGUGGGGUGUACACGCUCACUUCCAGCGAACAGUACACGCUCAGCUCCAGCGAUAAUUACGUCACACCUAGUGAACAGUAUAGCGCGACUAGCGAAUUGUUCUCUUCGUCUGGAGGUGGUGAUCACGUCGAUGGGCCGUUCAGGGACCGGUCCAACUCCAACAUCAGUAGUUCUUCGUUCCAUGGAGACGGAAGUGAUCCAACGGAUAAUAAGCAGACAUUGCUCUCAGCGGAAGAGCUAUCGGAUUUGAUAGUGGGAAGGUACCCAUCAUGUAAAAGUGUUAGCCAUACGUUAGACUCCGAUUCAGACUAUGUAACACUACCGUCAUCGUACCAAGGGUAUGCUCCUAUACCCCCAAAGAGGAUAGAUAGCGUAGAACAACGGUACAGACCUCCACCUCCACCUUAUAAACCACCUGUGGAAAGUGAAGAUGGUAGCAGUAGGUCGGCAUCUUCGUUACGAAGUCCUCCACCUUAUCCUGAGAACCCUACACCGGUACCACCUCCAGCAUAUCCCUUCGAAGAGGCUGCAGCUCGAUUUAUCACAACGCGGUCUCCGAGCGUCCUGACAGCCCAUGCAAGUGUAGUAAGCGUCAGUUCCUUGCCUAGCUACUCGUCACCUAGCAGUACUGUACCUCCAAUACCUCCAAAAGUUCCUAGGCCUCCACCGCCUUCUAGCAACAGUUAUCUAGAAACUCCGAUAACCAAGCCUAGCGUCUUGGUGCCGUGCAGUUUCUUACCCCCUCCACCACCUCCUGCUCCAAGGCAACCUCCACCUCCUCCCCCAGGCUUAGCCACGGUGUACACCAGCCAGCUAUCCAGGUCGCAGAUUGAGCAGUACCAGCAACAGAUGUACAGUGACGUGGACUUCGUCAUGUUCCCUCUGAAGGACACGGCAAUCAGCAAACAGGAGUACCUUGAGGCCAAGCAGGGGUCGCUGCUAGCUGCUCUCGCCCAUCAGCCGGUGUUCUAUAGGAGUACGCCGUACUUGGGUCGGUACGCUUCUAGCCAGAACCUGUCCGAUACCUACGUGCAGCUACCCGUCUACGGCGCCCCCAGCAUAUCUUCCACCGGAAGUCUGGAGCCUCCACCUCCUCCGUUACCUCCCAACAGACCAGGCAGGUUCCUGCGGACCAGAUCGGACGACAACAUCCUCAACACUCUGGACACCUCUGCACCGAAGCACCGAAGACUUCCUCCACCACCUCCACCGCCUCCGAUACCCGAAAAGCCCCACAAGAACCUUGGAGGAAGCGAGAAGCCGCCAGGAGAUGCUACUACAUUGGAUAUUCGUACGCUGAGGGAAAAGAGCAAGAAGAUGGACUUGCCGCUUAUAUCGGCAUUGUGCAAUGAUAGGUCGCUGAUCAAGCAAACGAAGGCGUUCGUGAUGCCAAAGCCACCAUGUGAGAUGCCACCUCGGCAGCCGUCGAGGACCAAGUACCCGCCAAUGUCGACGCUGGGCAGCACCAAGGUCAACAAACCCACGAGGAAGGCUCCCAUCAGCCACCGUCAUCCUGGGGACAAGCUUCCUGAGAUCCCCAGGGCGACGCCUAAUAACUACGUGCUGACUGAUCCGCGUAUCAAACAUAAGACUAUGCAGUCGCACUCGUGAUGAUGAGAGCGACAAUGGGAAAAUGGAUGUGGUUAGUGUACUGUGUUAGUGUGCUAUUUGUUAGUUCUGUCCCUGGUGUUUGAACAUUCAGUACAUUUUUCAAAAUGGUGAAUUAGUCUCUAGAGAGACGUUAAAUAGACUUAUCCUAAAAAAAUGAUACCCAAGCAACUCCGUUGCUGUAAGGUAGAUAUCGUGGUCGUUUCUAAAAAUGCAAGGAUCAAAUCGGGUAUUACCUUUAUAAGUAAAGAUAAGUCGUGCUGGACAUGGCUGAUAAACGAAAUUAUGUUUAAGAGGUUUAACAUUAACACAUACCUAUCUUACAAUGCUUCUUUAAUGUUACAUACAUUCUCAGCUCCUGACUUUGUUUCAUAAUAUAACACCAUUUUAUAGUUCUACUAUCUUCUAAGCUGCAUCAUUUUGUUUCUAUGAAACUACAUUGCUAAUUGCAACAAAAGGUAGCUUGUUAAGGAGACAAUCAAGACCCACAUCUAUGACAAUUUUUUGUACCAUCGCUCCAACUACGUUUGGUUCAGAAAUUUAUAACGAUAUAGCUCCAUAAUGCAAACAUAUAUUUACGAUUUGGACCUUCACGAUGACUCAAUUAUGUAAUAUAACCGCUGUGUCUUAAUCACUCUAUAUGACUAUUGUGACUAUCGCAAAUUUACUUAUGUCAGGUACUUUUCUCUCUUAUUCUACCAUAUACUCGUACACUACCUGGGAUUUUUUACCAUUUUGACCAGAGCUGUGACAGCAAGGACAGAACAUAUAUCUGGAGAUCAUGUCUAUGAAUCGGUGGUUUUGAAAAGGUGUUAUGCCGUAGUAAAGUAAAUUGGAACUCCGUCUCAAAAUAACUGAUUCAUUUUGAUUAUAUUCCAGUGUCGAAGUAGACAGAAGGUCAUGUUAACUCAGGGUGCCAUCAUUGCAAUAUUUUAAUGUUAGAAAAACUCCGAUGUUAUGGUUUAUCGAGUGCACCCAUGUGGAAUACAUUGAAGAUUUCAUCAAUUUUGCUGAAUACAUUUUUGAAAAUAUUAUUCUGUCGUUAAGCUUUUCCUACUUUUAUGAUAAUAACUCGUUAGUAGGAACAAUAUUGCGUUUUGACAGAAUCCUGGAGCAACAUUUUCAGACAACAUAAUAGAAAAUACAACAUAUACUAUUGAUAAAGCGAAGGAUUAUUCGCAUACUCAAGAAUAGCUUUUACCAAACCAAAAUGUAUCUUCGUGUUACUCCGCUCCUAUUCCAAAGCCAUAGCGUUGGAGUUUUCGUACCCCCUGCAUGUAUAUAUUAUCGAAUACAUAUAAUUAUAUUGUACCGCACGUAAAAUUACGUUUUUGUAUUAGCAAUAGUGUAUACACUUGCUCAACAUUUACAAUUAAAAUACUGGUAUUUUUAAUAUUGUUCAAUGUUUUUAUUUAUUUUCAAGAAUCAAAAUUGUGAAAAAGCUUCAAGUGUAUGGUACUGCCAUCAUUUUUAAAUAAAGUGAAAAUAUCUA